UUAUUUUCGUUUUUCUUCGCAGGCAAGAAAGGAAGCGUUUCUUGGUGUGUGUGUGUGUUUCCCCUCUUCGUUUCAAGCGGAGAAAACAGGCGAACAGUUUUUUGCGAGGUGAGACGUGGAAGUGGACUGUUGUUGAGGCGGCAGGAGGAACAGCGAAAUGUUUGCGAACCAGCAACAGGAUCCCGCGGCGCCGAAGGACGACACUCCGUGGUACCUGAAAUGGGGCGGCAAGGGCGUCGCCACUGUCGCCAGCAUCGUCGCGAUGAUCACUGGUGUCAUGGCGGUCAUCACCAUCUCGCCAACUUGCAUCGUUUUUGCAAUUUAUCAAAUCUUGGCUGGGUUUUUCAUGGCGUUGAUUGAGGCGCCGUACUUGUGCUUCUUUGUGGACUUCGUGCAGAAGGUUUCCUCUGUGAUGGACGGACGUCCUUCUUGGAACAAAGCAGUGCUGUAUAUUGCAAUGUCAUUACCACCUGUGAUCUUCUGCGGCUCGCUCUCGAAUAUCCUCGGCUGCGGAAUGAUUUUCUUCGCUGGCGUUGUUUAUGGAUUCCUGGCCCUCGGAAAGAAGGGUUCCCGAGAAGACAUGAUGGCGGCUGCAGCGGCGAACCAGCAAAAAAGCCCGGGGAUCGAGGAUCAAGAUGCCUGGGGACCCUAGUCUGGUUGCAGCCCAUUCCCCCGUCUUCUUCUCCGUCACCCAAGCAUUCCGUGCUUUUUAUUUUAUUUUUUUGGUUUCCCCCCGGACGAAGACUCAAUCGCGGGGUUCGUGUUAUUUCGCCGUUCUGUUUUCGGUGUUUUGCUGAGUUUUAUUUUCCGUUCAUUCCGUCCCUCUUCCUCCUCCUCCUUAGUCUUGGAGGGGUGUUGAGGGGGAUUCAGAAAAUCCUGGCGUUGAAUUGGACGUGUUGCACGUGUUCUUUUUUUUUGCUACUCGGCUUGCGGAGAGUCAGUUUCAGCUGCGAGACGCUAGAUGUUUUAUUUUAUUUUUUUGUGUUGUGUUUUUUCCGGCAGCGCCAAAAUGAAGUUUCCGAGUGUGUAAAACGAGUUGGAAAGCGAAAGUUCCUGGGAAAACAAAAAUGUAGUGGAAGUGAAUCUUCCAAAGAUGCAGUUGCGACUGGAUAGACGUCUACUCUUUUGAAGACCUGCAUGAGAGGCUUUCGGGAAAGGAAGAAAAAAAAAUUUAAUGAAAGGAAAGUCGGAAUUCGGAUGACCUGUCUCAGGUUGUGGUUGCAAUUUAACUGAGCAGAAUGGGAGUGACAUCUGUGUGCUGGCAAAGUAGAAAUUUGUUAACGUUAAACUCAAAUAGGAUUCGUCAUUCUCACGAUUUAGCCGUAGGAAUUAAUGGAAAGAGGAUGGGAAUAACCUUGAUAUCGGAAUUCUCAGUACGAUUUUCUGUGUCCGUAUCUCGAGGAAAUGUCCUGAUGUCGGGACAGAUUCGUUUCAGUGUUCCUAACCCGAAGAUACUGUAUUUCAACGUGUCUUGCAUUCUUCGAGAAAUGCAGGGAUUUGUUCUUAUUCAACGUAUUUCUGUGUCGUAAUUGUCGGUGCAGCAACUUCAAGAAAAAUCAUUCCAGUCAUUUCCGGGAACUUUCGCUUUCUUGCAACUUUUUGGGGCAGUUUUGAUCUGUGUUAAUUCUUUCUCACACAAAAAAAAACACACCAGACGGUGAGGGUUUCGGAAGUCGUGGCGGCGUUCAACAGGAACAAUUGAAAGCUCUGUUUAGAGUGAGGGGAUUCGUAAUUGUCUCACGGUUGUUUGCAUGCAUGGAAAAAAAAAAGAAUAUGACGAGAACAUUUUGUUGCUAGAAGGAAGAAAAAAAAAUGUAUCAUCGGGCCGACGUUAUUUUAAUCUCGCUGCGCGACCAAAAAAAAAUGGAAACGAAGAAUACGAAGAAAGGUAGGGGGGUGGAGCCAAGUGUUGUUGUUGUGAAGGGAACUGAUGUUUAUUUCUUGGAUUUUACCCUAGAAACCCUGGGUUUGUGAGCCUAAGUUGUCUGUGAUUUUCUUGUUUCAUACACUAUAGCCCUGGAAAUUUUUUUUUUUCAUCAGUAAACGAUUAGUAUGUUACUGCAAGAUCCUUUCUUGUUUACUUCGAAAUUUCCCAGAGUUAUUAUGUGUUUGCUGCUUUUUUUACGAAAAAAGAAAGCAUUUAUGUCAUUUUGCUGCUACAAAAAUGGAUGCGGAAAAAGGGUUAAUUUAAUAGCAGUGGAAAGUGUUGUAAAGUUUAACAUGCUCAUUGAUUGGCUGAGUGACUUUUGAGUCUCUUCAACACCAACCUUUGAGUUAUGAGUUCUACUGUACAUUUCUUGGAUGUUACAUGUGCUGCUUCAAUCUUAUUGCAUUAUGCUGAAGGUCAGAAUUUUUCAGUCAGUUGUAUAGGUCAAAAUGCAGAAAACCCAAAAUUGUUUGCCUGUAAAUUAGAAUGUUUGAUUAAUUUCAACGCUUGAAUCUAUGGUUUGAAUUUCUUCCAAAAUUUGGUGAAUAAAGAUGGUACUUGGCAACAAAUGUUUGAAAUCUGAAUCCCCUUGAAGAAAUCAUGACCCAGGGUUUUGACUCUUGUUCCUGUUCCAUUGGCAACUCUUGAUACUUGUGUGAGGAAUAGUUCUGCUCUGUGUUGUCUGGGGUUGAAACUCUGCUGUCAAAAGUAUACAGAGUGCUGUUGAGAAAGCCAUUUUAGUUGCAUCCAUUGAUGGGAAAUAUCUUCCAAUGAUUGUCUUCUGGGGGAUUUCCACCCCUCUACCUUUCUUCCUUCUGUUUCGUGUAUCAUGGAUGUGUUACAAGCUGGUGCAGAAAUGGGAAGGCGUCAAGAAUUCCUGCAGUUAAUUUUUUUUUAAUUUGAACCUGGAAAAAGAGAAUCUGAACCAGGGAAAACUUGUGUUUGUCAUUUUGUUGAAAGAAGUGUGGAUUAAAUCGGAUCAAGUUUUCCUCUCAAGUUAUUGCAUAUGUCAUGCCCA